AUGAAGCCCCUGCUAGCGGCAGAAGGAGUGCUGGAUCGGCACCCGCAGCCAAGCGGUGGAGUUGUCGGCAAUCCAGCGGACUCCACGUCUUCCGCUUCAGCUUCUGCCUUGCGAAGUCUGCACUCUCUGCUGGAGGGAGGCGACUUCGAGGAGCUCUCCGACUUCUUCUUCCGCAUAUGCAAAGAGGGCGACUCCGCCCAAGGCGCGUCCAAGUUGCAAGGCGCGUCACGCAGCAACUCAGCCGGGGCCAUAAGGCUGUACUUUGGAGGUACACGACCCUCAUCGGCUUCUACCUCCGUGCCUUCGUCUUCUCUUUCGCUUUCUUCCACCUCUAUGGAACACUCGGCUCCCUCCGAUAUCCCGCAAGAACCGCACCAGAGCCACGGCGAAUGCGAAUUCGCUGGCGACGCGGCACUCGGCAUCUGCCACUCCGGCAACACCAUCGCCACAAAACGUCUCGAGGACGAAAAGGAUGAAAACAAACAUGAAAUCGGCUCCGCCAUGGGGGGAGGCGACGAGAGGUGGUGUCCAGACACCCCAGCCGCCAACUGCAGCCAUCCCCUGGCCGAUGCGGCUUCCUGCACUGCAACGCCAAGGAAAGCAAAAGAAGCCGCUCCAGCGUCCUCCGAGGAAACGAAAACCUGGGGGAAAACGCAUGCAGCGGAAAGCGCUUCUGCCUCUCUCGCCCGAAGAAGCCCAAGACUCCAGCGCGCAAACCAAGGAACGCCGCGUCAUGAGCCCAUGACCUCCCCAGCUUCGAAGAAGCAGUGCCUAGCUUCUCAGCAGCAACCUAGACGGGGGGAACACUCCUCCUCCAAAAGCUCCACAGAAACAGCAGACAACAGCACAACUCCGGGGGGGGGCGGUGGAAAACGACAGCAAGCCACGGCGUCCGGCGGGGGAGGGGGGCACUCCCAAAGGAAAAGGGGAAGGGGAGAGCUCGACAGCAUGCCGAUGAGUCCUCCUACUGGCUGCAGCAGCAGGUCCAGAACGAAUCCUACUUGCGAAGAGGCUGUUCGAGAGGAUGCCGAGGCUCUCUCGCCAAUGAAAGGCGCCAGCAACAAGCGUAAGGGCAGCUGCAGAAGCGACGCGGCCAAAGCCUCUUCGGGGAAGAAGCCUUCAAGCGCGGCACAAGCGCAUGCUACGCACAUGAGCUUUGGGGGCUUCCCAGAGACAGAGAGAAGGCGUUUUCAGCCUGUGGCAUGGUGCUCCUUUCUUGCUGUGGUGUCGUUGGCAUGCCCUGCGGCGCAGCACUGCAACAGGAAGAAGGCACGCGUUGACGCACCCCACAAGAAAGCAGUUAUUCCUCGGGAAGCCUCCCCUGCGCAAAGCCAGGAUGUCUCAGAGGCGGACGAUGAGCCGAUUUGCCGCUUUGCUCUGCCGUCUUCUUCGAAAGAAGACGCUGUUGCAGCGGCAGACUCUGGUCCCCCCGGCAGCUGCAAUCAGCUCGUUGAGCUUUCGCAUACCUCCGUGGCGGCUGUUCAGCAGGAAGAAACCUGUGCAGAGGAAGAAUUGCGAGAAGAUGGAGGCGAUACACCUGGUGAACCAGCAGAACUGGAGGGCGCGUUGCAGCACAAAGUGCUCAGGGCUCUCCCCAAACCAACGCCGCAGUUCGACUUUGGCUUGUUCAUAGUGCGAGUGGCUGCAAUGUCGAAGCACGCAGACGAUAUUUUUCCCUUGUUAGAAGAUGAAGAGCUCAUGGAGACUUCUAUAGUGCUACAAAAGUAUUUGGGGCCUCUGAAGGAGGGCGCCAAAAGGCGCGGCGAUUGCUUCAUGCUCGACAAGCUAGUUGCAGAUAUUCCCAAUCAAGGAGGCGUUUACAGACCAUCCCUGGAUAUAAAGGAGGCACCGUGGUGCACAGGGCUGGAUGCGGACGAAGGGAAGGUGCUGCCAAAAAAGGAAGUUUUGCGUCAGCGAAUCGAAAUUCAGAGACGUUGGAAUCCUUUCUCCAUCUUUGGUUCGUCUCCCCCGGCAGUCGAACUGGAGGAUGUAUUCGGCUAUGAGGUGUACCAACGAACGGCGCCUUCGGCUCGCGUUCAUCAUCCCUUGUUUCGUCGUUUAUCGCAAUUUCAAUCGUUUAAAGAUUUAUAUUCUUCGAUUUCCAAAGAAGAGUGGGAUAGGGUCUCUUCGGCGUUCCGGCACCACUGGAACAAGCAAUGCCGAUUAGAUCUCGACUGGACAAAUGAUCCUUUGACCGUCGAUGAAAUCAUGUGGAUGUUGGAAGCUAAUGAACAAGCGCCACGACCAUCCAUGGGCUGCCACAUUUUGACUCAGCCGCCCCUCGUAGACGAUUCCUUCGAAGAUCAAGAGGGGGAGAAUGGAAAUCCAGGACUGGAGCCGAGAAGACGACAGCCGUCCUCGUCUGCAUCUGCGAACCUUUUGACUGCCACGUAUCCAUGUGAGGCUUCUGGAAAGCCGCAGGAUGGGAAGCAUGAGGAGAAGGACAGCAAGCAGAAAGCCGUUGUUGGGAGAUGCGAAUCCAUCGAGCAUAAGCGGAAGCAUCAGGGGGGGGCAGCUUCUUCGAAUGCAUUUCCUCUCAAAGUGUGCGCCAGUCAUAGGUAG